AUGGAAUUACCACCUUUCUCGCUCGAUAAAACACGUCUUUUGGUUGUAUCCGACGAGGUUGUUCAGAUAUCCCUAUUCUCAAAUAAUAGUUCUACCACAUCUGUUUAUAAUGAUAAUCCACAGAUAAAAGAUGAAAUAAAGGUUAUUCGUCAAGAGACCAAGUGA